AUGAUGCAAAGGAUUCUCCAUGAAAUGUACGUAGAGCCGGAACUGUUGUCUGAGCUGAAUGAGGAACAAAAGCAGAUCCUCUUCUACAAGAUCCGCCAGGAGCAGGUCCGGCGCUGGAUGGAGCGUGAGGCUCGAGAAGAAAGCUCACAGAAGAGCUCUGGUCUACCAAAAGGUAAAAAGCUUGUUAAUGAGCGAAAGCACAUUCAGUGGCUCCAUGGCAUUGAUAGUGAGGUGUGGGUGUGGGUUAUGGGUGAAGCUCCUGGAGAUAGAACUUAUGAACAAAUCAUCAAAGAGCUGAUGGAGGAGAAAGCUCGGAGGCAGGCCCAACUUGAGGCCCAGGAGCUUUGGCGAAAGAAAGAAGCCGAGAUCAAGAAAAAGUUCAGGGACGCAAUCGCUAAAGAGAAGGCACGUCUGGUAGCUGGGAAAUGGAAAGAGGAAGCAGAGGACAGGAAGGCAGCCAAACAGGAAGAAGAGUGCAUUCAGAAGGAGCUGAAGAGACGUGAGGAGGAAGAGAGGCGGAAGGGAGAAGAAGAGGUUCGGUGUGCUGAGGAGAAGCGAGUCAAAGAGCUGUUCAUGUCGCUACAACAGGAGCAAAAGCAAAGCGAACAUGAGGACAAGGAGUGGGAAGAACAACGGCAGCGCUCAAAGGCAGCAGAUGCGGAGAUGAUGAGGAAAGCACGUUGGGCCAGAGAUGAAUAUAAGCGCCAGUCCAUCCGAGCCAUGGAGAAAGGUCAUUUCAAGCAGCAGAUACCUGUAAGCAGGAGACACAGUGCAAUCGAAAUAGAUACAGCAGCCAAAUCACAGGAUCAAGUCCUGCCUGGCGACAAAGAUCGUCCCCGACCCAGCCUCCAGCCUGCAGAUCCUCCACUUUAUCGCCGAAGACAGAGCCGCAAAAACAGCAGCACUGCAGCACUGCCACUCAUGGAUAGCCCUGCCUGGGUUCGUGCCCCUCGUCCUUGCUCUAGAGAAUCAAUCAUACUGUGGUUCUGUGAGGACCAGAAGCCGAAGAGGGCUGGAUUUGAUCGGAAAAGCAGCACCAUCGCCACAUGGUUUCAUGGAAUAAUUACACGUGAAGAAUCAGAGAAGUUACUGCAGAACAAACCUGAAGGCUCCUUCUUGGUGCGGGUCAGUGAAAGAAUUUGGGGUUACAUAUUGUCCUAUCGCACAGCCACCGCCUUCAAACACUUCCUGAUUGACGCCUCGGGGGAUUAUUACAGUUUUCUUGGAGUGGACCAGAACCGCCAUGCCACUCUCUCUGACCUUAUCGACUUUCACAAGGAGGAAGUCAUUACCACCACUGGAAACGAGCUGUUAAAGGAGGCAUGCAGGCCUACUGCGCCCCCUGGAGACUACGGAGGACUUUUUUCAUAAUCAAAAUCUUUUACAACCAUUCUGAAUUCAUUGUUAGAUAUUAGUCUGUAUAAGAUAAUGUAUUUCAAAGGAAAUUGAAACUUGGGCAUUUUGUUGAGUAUUGAAAAAAAGACUAUAUAUUUUAAAUGCAUAGAGUGGAAAUAUGAGUAUCUAGAGCAGGGGUGUACAGUC